ACUCUCAAAUUCUUGCCUUCAUCUUUACUUGGAAAAAAAAGAAAGAGAUGGAGAAGCUAUGCACAUUUCUUAUACUUUAUUCCUCAGUGCACGCCAUGGCUCAUGGGAAUAGUGUUGAUGAAGGGCCCGAAGCAGUGCAAGAAUGGUUCAAAAAUCUUCCAAAUGCAAAGGAAAAGGUGACUCAACUUCACUUCUACUUCCAUGACAUUGUAAGUGGCAAGAAUCCAAGUGCCAUCACAGUUGCUGAAUCCAAUUCCUCUCUCGACUCCCCUACCAUGUUUGGUGUAAUCCGGAUGAUGGACGACGCGUUGACCGUGGGGCCCGAGCCCGACUCCAAGAUCAUUGGGAGGGCUCAAGGAAUCUAUGGUUCAGCUUCUAUGGAGGAAAUAGGGCUACUCAUGACCCUGAAUCUCGUGUUCACACAUGGCAAGUAUAACGGCAGCACUCUUAGUGUACUUGGUCAUAAUCCCAUCCUCCAUAAGUACCGGGAGAUGCCUAUCGUCGGUGGCUCCGGUGUUUUCCGACUGGCACGAGGCAUCGCCACCGCCAAUACCGUUUGGUUCAACGCUACCUCCCAGGAUGCUGUUGUUGAGUACAGUGUUAUUGUGUUGCAUUAUUGACCCAUUUUUAAUUAUUUAUGUUUGGUCAUGGGGUUGAUAAUUGGUUGUUUCUCAUACGGCUUUGUUCACUGUCCCUUCUCAUGUCAUGUUUUGCUUGUAAACAUUAGAGUAUAUGUUGUCUUAAGCUGUAACGCUAGCAUAUUUUCAUAAUUGCUCUCCUCCUUGUAAAUUUAUAUUUUUCUUCAUUUAAGCGUUAUGAUUUGGAUGCUUGAGUGAUGUU